CUCUCCUCACAUCUCAAAUGCCGCACCUCUGCUGCCCUCUGCCGGACGUACUGAUCUCAUCGCAACCUGACUUAGGGCGGGACGAAUAAUAGCGUGAAUUUCGUAUCCUGCAAAGCUGACUCUAACUGAGAGUACUGCACACAGAAGGACACAAUUUGAGUCAUGAGGGACAGACUUGGCCACCUCCAGGCUGUAUCAAUGUCUAAUGGGACUGUUGCAGAGCAUGAAACUGCUCAAGCUCUCCCCCCUUCAGAAAACACAAACCAUGAUGACCCUCCUCAGGACACCAGCGCCAACCCUGACAUGGAAGCCGUCUUUGAUGAAGCACAGGAGGCUCGGCGUCAGAUUCAGUACAUCAGUCUGGAAGUGAAGCGUCUCAGGGAUCAAAACUUGCAUAUUUUUACAGGUGCAGUCGGCCCUAGUGUUUCUAAUACCUGUGACUCUAAUGCUAUCGCUGCUGGUAUCAAAACCAGUGCACAGGAGAUGCUUGCACACCUUCGCAAGAUGGACGCCCAUGGGAAAGAGUUAGAGGAAAAGUAUGGCGUCAAUUCACCGGUGGCAAGAAUCGCCCGAACACAGUACGCUAGCGUAAGCAACAGUUUCCGUGAUACCAUGGUGGAGUACAACGAUGCGGAGAUGAGCCACAGAGAGUCCUGCAAGGCAUAUAUUCAACGGCAGAUGGAGAUUGUGGGGCGCGAGGUCACCGGUGACCAGAUCGAGGAGAUGCUGGAGAGCGGUCAGUGGAACGUCUUCAGUGAGAACAUGGUUUCAGAAGGGAAAACCGCACGGUCUGCACUCAUACAGAUUGAGAGCCGUCAUACAGAAAUGUUACAGUUGGAGAGACGCAUUCAGAGCCUUCAUGAGGUUUUUCUGGAUGUGGCCAUGCUAUUAGAAGAGCAGAGCUCGAUGAUAGACUACAUUCACACCAAUGUCCAGUCAACAGAGGUGGAGGUCAGGGAGGUCCUUGUGAAGCUGGAGCGAGCCAAGAGACUUGAUAGGAGCAACCCGUUUAAAAAAAUUUUCUUCUGGAAGAGAUGACAUGGCCACAAAUAUCACAGUUUAAAAGAAAUACACUAAGUGAUCAGAUUUUUUUUUGUAUUACUGUUUUAUAUUUGUUGCUAUUUCUUAUCUAGGCAAAUAUAUAUUCAUCUUCUGAAGGACAAUAAACACCUAUAAUAGUAAUUUUGUACAAGACACUGCCUUUAUCAAUAAAUAUUUCAGAAGUAUCACAAA